AUGAGUGGCUAUGGCUUUGUCAGAAAGUUAGGAGAGGGAGAAUAGGGAUAAGUUGUUGAGGUUAUAAAUUAUAGGGAUUAGAAGAAUUAUGCAGCUAAAUAGAUUUCAUUAAAUUUAUUUUCGGAAAAGCUAUUUUAAAGGUUAUAACAACUCAACCACCCGAAUAUUGUUAAGGUGUUCCAAUAUGAAAUCAAUAGCAACUCUGCUUAUUAUUUGAUGGAAUUAUUGCAUGAAUAAUCGCUAUAUAAGUAUAUUCGAAAUCAUCAAUUGGAAAUGGAAGCCAUCUCAUUUUAUUCUGCAUAAGUCCUGUUGGCUUUGGAUUACCUCCACAAGAAUGA